GGACGAGCAGCUUGACGCUGACUCGCUCAAUAAGGGACAGCAGCGUCUAGAGAAGUUGAUCGGCGGGAUGUACCUCGGCGACCUCUGUGCAAGAAUGCUUGAGUCAGCCAUCGCCGCCAAGGAGCUCUCUCUCCCUCUCUCGUCGGAGCAACUCCGUCAAGCCUUCACCUCCUCCCUCGCGUCUAAGAUCGAGGCAGCCAGCAGCCCGGCAGACCUCCAGCAGCUGCUCCAGGAGGAGCUCAAAGUUCAAGUCUCUCCACCUGCUGCCCAGCUGAUACUCGAGAUCUGCAGUGAGGUUUCUUCUCGCGCUGCGACAGUCAGUGGUUGUCUCCUUGCCGCCAUCGUCAAGCACAUGAAGCUCGUGGGCCAAGAAAUCGUCGUUGGCAUUGACGGCAGCAUCUUCAAGCUCUACACUCGUUUCAAAGAGAGAAUAUCACUCACUCUAGAGGAGCUGCUGGGAGAGGAUGGCAACAAGGUUGUGCUCGAGGUCACCCUGCCGCUUACUGGUCGAUGGUCUGACCCCCCGCAGCUCAGCGAGGAUGGAUCGGGAGUGGGAGCUGCUGUGAUAGCCGCCACUGCAGCUGAGCGAUGA